AGUUGUGAUUUGAUGCAGCGUGCUGAGAGGAGGAGACCGGCCUGAGUUUGAUUUGUUCUGGGUGCACUGGACAUGGCUGAAGCUGAUUUUUCUCCAGAGACAACAAACUUAAACCAUGAAAGACAAGAAGCAGAAAGACAAAGAGACAGAUGAUCAAGUCAAAGGAGGUGUGCUAGAAGGAGGGAAAAUGAAUGACAAAGAGAAAACCAACAAAUCUGGUGAUGAACACAAGUUUACCAAAGACCAGCAGAAGGUUGAGAAGGACAGAAGUCUGAAUGAAUCAUGUGUGGAAGUCAGGAGAGAUGCCCACUGCUCCCAGCGGAGGAGCAACAGGGCUCUGAUGAAGCGUUUGGCCAUCAAUGUCUCAGGGAUGCGCUAUGAGACGCAGCUCCGCACCCUCGCCCGAUUUCCAGACACACUAUUGGGUGACCCUCAGCGCCGACUUCACUACUUCGACCCGAUGCGGAAUGAGCUGUUCUUAGACAGGAACCGUGCCUGCUUUGAUGCCAUCCUUCACUUCUACCAGUCUGGUGGGAGGCUAAGGAGACCCGCCAACACCCCUCUGGACAUUUUCCUUGAGGAGCUACACUUCUACGAGCUUGGAGAUGAGAUUAUCGACCGCUUUAAGGCAGAUGAAGGCUUCCCCAAAAUAGAGGAGAGACCCUUACCCACCAACAAGUUACAGCGCCGCCUCUGGAUGCUGUUUGAGUAUCCAGAGUCCUCCAGCGGAGCCCGCAUCAUCGCCAUCAUCAGCAUCAUGGUUAUUGUGAUUUCCAUCCUCAUCUUCUGCUUGGAAACUUUGCCGGAGUUCAGGGCUGAGAAGGAAAAGAGGGAGCAAUUCACCACCAUCCCUCACCCCACAAUAGAGAACGAAACCAUCUCUGUCCCACCUGGUUUCACGCCCUUCCAAGACCCUUUUUUCAUCGUAGAGACAAUCUGCAUAUGCUGGUUCUCCUUUGAACUCAUCAUUCGCUUCAUCUGUGCGCCGAGCAAGAUGCGUUUUUUCAAAGACGUCAUGAACAUCAUUGACUUUUUUGCUAUCAUUCCUUAUUUUGUCACAAUAGGAACAGAGCUGGCCAAAGACAAGGAUUCUCAGCCCUCCGUGUCCCUGGCCCUCAUCAGGAUUAUCAGGCUGGUGAGGGUAUUCAGGAUCUUCAAACUGUCUCGGCACUCCAAGGGCCUCCAGAUCUUGGGCCAGACACUGAAAGCGAGCCUGCGAGAGCUCGCCCUGCUCAUUUUCUUUGUCUUUAUUGGCGUCAUAGUCUUUUCUAGUGCUGUCUACUUUGCUGAGGUGGACAGUCCCGGCACAUCGUACACCAGCAUCCCUGAGGCCUUCUGGUGGGCGGUGGUGUCCAUGACCACAGUUGGCUACGGGGACAUGUACCCAGAGACUGUUGGGGGAAAGUUGGUGGGCACCAUGUGCGCCAUCGCUGGCGUGCUCACCAUCUCACUGCCAGUGCCCGUCAUUGUGUCCAACUUUAGCUACUUCUACCAUCGUGAGAUGGAGUGUGAGGAGAGUACGGAGUACCACCAUGUUUCCACAUCACUUUGGGACAGUGACAAGCAAGAAGAUGAAGAGGAGGAAGAUGAGAAAGAAAGGGAUGAGGGGCCUGAGGCCAUGGGUGAUUAUUCGCCUCUGUAUAGACACAGUAACUUCCCCUCUCCUCUUAACGGCACUCUGUUGACUGGACUUUGUGAACUUCAGCCAGCAAGCGAACAGAGACCUUUGCACUUCUGCUUAGGUGAACCUCUCAUCACUCAGGUUUGAUGAAUAACAGACCGAAAAGUGUUUAAAUUAUUUGGAAUCCUGCUUUUCUUUAAGAAAAGAUGGAAAGACAUCAAAAGAAACAGAAGGAAAUGAGUAGCAAAAGAAUGUGGGACAAAAAAGAAGAGUAACGCUGUAUUCAUAUGUUGAUGGUAACCACUGGGCCUCCACACCCCCCAACUUUAUACUCAUAAUAACUGCAUUUAGCAUUUUGCAAAUCAAAACAGGAGUGUCUCAUUUUUGAUUGAUUCACCUGUCUGUGAAGUUACAACUUAUUUUUUCUUUGCAGCAUUACACUAAUCAUCCCUCUUAAUGGUUAGAAAAUCAAAUGUGUCUGCAAAAAAGAAUGAAUCUCUCCCUGUCCAUCUU